UGAUUGACUGAUAGUUUGGCGCCCUUUCCUACGAAACUAGUAGCACCGCUUGUAAACAAACAAAUUGGACAUGGAAUCUAUUGGCUCCUCCUUGGAGACGCAGUUUCCCUGUCGUGAGGCGGCCAUUGGCAUCCUGAACGAGCUGAUAGGAGACUCCAAGGAAGCCUAUCCCGCGGCUAUUUACCUAUUUGGACACAGUGGAACCGGCAAAACCGCACUGACCAGAGCUUUUCUCAAAAAAUGCGCAAAAAAUCAGAAUGUCCGGGUGGCCCAUUUGAAUGCCAUCGAGUGCUACACCACCAAGAUCAUGCUGGAGAUCCUGCUUGAUUCGUUAGCACCGGAACAAAAGGAUUCCCUGAAGGUGGACAAUAUGUUGGACUUCGUAGAGCAAUUGCGUAGAUGGCACGGGGCAUCAGGUACCGAGUCCCAGGGCUUUCUCAUCGCCGUGGACAAUGCCGAACGCCUGCGGGACAUGGAUGCCAAUGUGCUGCCCGUACUUCUUCGACUGCAACAACUCACCAGCUUGAAUUUGUGCGUCAUCCUACUGUCUCAGCUUCCCUUCGAGAAAUUCUACAACAAGACCGGCCUUAGCGAAGUCAUCAGCCUUCAUUUGGCCCAGUACAAUAAGGCGGAAACGCAACGCAUCCUGGGAUCGGAUUUCGCGCAUGUGCGCAAUCAACUUCUGGAACAGUUUGCCGAUGAUAAUAAGCGCCUGGAGAUUUGCAAGGAAGCUGUGACCGAGGAAUUCUACAAUAACUACCUGAAUCUCUUCUUGAGCGUGUUCUACAAGGCCUGUCGGGAUGUUCCCGAGCUCCAGUUGACAGCCAAAAAGUGUCUGUCCAUCUAUCUAGAGCCUGUAUUGGAUGGCACUCUGGAUGCCACGGAUAUCUCCCGACUGUGGCGACAUAUAGCUGGUCCUCUGCGCUCCGCCCUCACCCAGAUCUAUAUGCGGAUAGAAAAACCGCCGGAGGAGACAGAAGAUUUCGCUUCCAUAGAGGAUCAGAGUGUUCGCAAGCUGGCCCAGUCACUGGAACUUCCUUACUAUGCCAAAUUCCUGCUGAUUGCCGCCUUUCUGGCCAGCCACAAUGCCGCCAAUCAAGACAAGCGUUUAUUCGUCAAGCACCAUGGCAAACAGCGCAAGCGGAUGCAGACAGUCAACGCCAAAGCCAAGACCUCGGACAAAAUGUCCACCACGCUGGGUCCCAAAUCCUUUAGUAUAGAUCGUUUGCUGGCCAUUUUCUACGCCAUUCUCGAGGAAAAAGUGGGCCUGACCUGUAAUCUCCUCUCCCAGAUCUCAACGCUGGUGCAUCUCAAGUUACUCAGCUUCGUUUCCGGCGAGCAGAAUAUCAUGGACGGAUCUGCUCGGCUGCAGUGCACCAUUGGUCUGGAGUUUGUGCUGCAGAUCGGAAAGGUAGUGGGCUUCAAUGUCCGCCAGUAUCUUUGCGACUUCAUGUAGCCGGUUUGUUUUCAGUUUUUAAAUAUAUUCAAUAAAUAGUCCGGUACAUCGCUUA